CUCUCUCUGAGCAGUCUCGAGCAGGCUCCAAGGUGCGGGCGCGAAGACGAAAGAGGAGGUGCUCCAAGCGUAGACAGGCUACACUGACAACACGCCAAGAAGCAAGGCACACCUCAGCUGGUAAUUUCGGGCAAGACGGGAUGGAAAAAGAGACGAAAGGGAAAGCUUCGCUCCGCAAGCUCAGCGCCUCCCAGUGGCGCAUGCAGAACUUGGCUCUGGAGUCUGUCGACAGCUCCGAUGAGGAGUUUUUUGAUGCCAGAGAGGUACUGGAGGGGAAGAGUGCUUUUCUCCUGGGGAUGAGUCAGUGGAGUUCCAAUGACCUGGUGGAGCAGAUUCAGUCUCUGGGCCACAUGGACCAGUCACAAGAGGACCUGCACCACUUAGGACAUGCUCAUUAUGUUCCCCAGAGUAGCGUUGAUGAGCUGGACGACAUGGAGAGGAAAUGCAGAACGCAGGUGCUGGUUCUGGUGGUGCACGGAGGCAGCAUCCUGGACUCAACGGGUGGAGACGCAGGGGCCAAGGCUCGGGACGUGGCGACGCUGGUGUCUGUGCUGGAGAAGGUGGCGCGUGCGCACUUCCAGGCUGCAGCCGAACAUGUGCUCAUCAGGCUGGUCCCGUGCCCAGCAGUGUGUGCCCAGGCCUUCUCUCUUCUGUCCCAUCUGAACCCAUACAGUUAUGAUGAGACCUGCGUGUCCAGCAGUGUGGACCCCCUUCCCCUGGCGGCUCUCCCGCUCCUCGCUAUUGUCACCCCCUACUACCAGGAUGCCGUGGCAACCGUCAUCGCCCGUGCCAACCAGGUCUACCACAGUUUCCUGCAGUCCCAGGAUGGCCAGGGCUUCACAGGACAGGUAUGCCUGAUUGGAGACUGCGUCGGAGGUGUACUCUGUUUCGACGCCUUGUGUUUCAGUGGCAGUCAGAAGCUGGGAAGCCCUAGCAGCAGCAUCAAAAACAACAGCACAGAGAGUCUGAAGGACAGCCUGGGCCUUCUGCAGGAAUCCAGCCCCAAGCUGAGCUCUAGCAAGCGCCUUAGCAAGAGUAACAUUGAUAUCUCAGUCCCGAGGGACACGGUGACCCCCAGCAGACAGCCGCUCAACAGGAAGCAGAGCGACUCGUGCGACGGCGAUUCGGCCUGCCAGCAUGCCCUCUUCAGCCGUCUUCUGCAGGAGAAGGGAGAUCUGCACCCAGACCAGAGCAGCAGCCUGGUGUCUAACCCUGGCCACUUUGACUUUGAAGUGUCUUAUUGUUUCCUGCUGGGCUGCCCGUUGGGGCUCGUCCUGGCCAUGAGGAGGACUGUGCUACCCGCUGUCCGAGUGACCCAUCUCCAGCCUGCCUGCUCCCAAAUCUUCAACCUCUUCUACUCCUCUGACCCGUCUGCCUCCCGACUGGAACCCCUGCUUCACUCCUGUUUCCACAAGCUGCCCCCCUUCUCUGUCCCACGCUACCAGCGCUAUCCUCUGGGAGACAGGUUCUCCUCUCUCAUAGCUGAUAGCAUCCUUAGGCACCCAGAUGUUUUCUUGGAGGGGGGGUCCAGUCCAGGAAGGCCUGAGCUGGGGGAAAGUGGGAGUCUUGAGGGUACCAUGCGUCGAGUCAGCCUGGACAGCACCAACAGUGAGACAUCUGCCUGCUGCACAAGCAGACUAAGCAACACCAUUUCCAACAUCUCCAGCAGCUGGUGGGGGUCUAAGCGGCUGGACUAUGCGCUGUACUGCCCAGACGUUCUGAGCUCCUUCUCCACCAUGGCUCUGCCCAAUCUCUUCCACAGCUCAUACUGGGAAUCCACUGAUGUUGUGGCCUUUGUGCUCAGACAGGUGAUGCGAUGGGACUGUGUGAAAGGCCAGGAGAUGGACAGUUCAGACUCCGCCCCCCGCUCCUCGCUCGGCCCACGUGAGAAGUGGCUGCGGAGACGAACUCAUGUCAAGCUGCGGAAUGUUACCGCCAACCACAGAGUGAAUGAUGUCAUCGCAUCAGAGGACGGCCCACAGAUCUUGGUUGGUCGGUUCAUGUAUGGCCCACUGGACAUGGUUACUUUGACUGGAGAGAAGGUGGACGUGUACCUGAUGACUCAGCCUCAGUCAGGGGGAUGGGUUUACUUUGAUACGGAGGUGACCAACAAUAGUGGCAGAGUAUCCUACUCCAUCCCUCAGAACAAAAGGCUGCCGGUGGGCGUGUACCCCAUCAGAAUGGUGGUCAAGGGUGACCAGUCGUGCGCAGAGGCUUUUGUGACGGUCCUGCCGAAGGGGAUGGAGUGUGUGGUGUUCAGCAUCGACGGAUCCUUCACUGCCAGCGUCUCUAUCAUGGGAACGGAUCCCAAGGUCCGCCCAGGAGCCGUGGAUGUUGUCAGACACUGGCAGGACCUGGGCUACCUGAUCAUCUACAUCACGGGCCGGCCAGACAUGCAGAAGCAGCGCGUGCUCUCCUGGCUCUCCCAGCACAACUUCCCCCAUGGCAUGAUCUUCUUCUCAGAGGGGCUGGUGCACGACCCGCUGCGCCAAAAAACCAUCUUUCUGAGGAACCUCAUGCAAGAGUGUCACAUCAAAAUCAGCUCGGCCUACGGUUCCAUGAAGGACAUUUCGGUGUACAGCAUGCUUGGUUUGAGCCCCACUCAGAUCUACAUUGUGGGACGGCCAUCCAAAAAGUACCAGAAUCAAUGUCAGUUCCUGAGUGAGGGCUAUGCGGCGCACCUCUCUUGCCUGCAGUGUCGACACAGGACCAGGUCCAAGAAGAGCUCUUCAGCACGCAUGGUCCUGCGGAAGGGCACUUUCCGCUUGUCCACCAAGUCCGACUUCCUGUGCAAGCGCACCCACCUGCGCAGGACCACAUCUGUACAGCAACCCGACCCUCCCUCAACUCCCAACCCCAAACCCGAGCGUGCCCAAAGCCAGCCCGAGUCCGACAAGGACCCUGUGGGCGGGGCCAGUGGAGCUGACGGAGCCUGGAGGCGGAGUGUUCUUCAGAGAGACGCAGCACCCUAACAGAGACAGAGAAAUGGGCAUGAGACAAUGAGGAUGGCCAGAGUAUCCUGGGGAACACUUGUUCUGUGUGUUUUAUAAUUACUGAAUUCCCUUACCCACAACAGAAAUGUUAUUUGUUUAAGUGAUGCUUUCAUUGUGUGUCACCCUGAAGGUCAUUGUUGAUGAUAAAGGUUCUGAAAGUA